AAUUUUCUUUUGACAUAUUCAUCAUUUUCUUACAACCACAUAACAAACAAAGUAGAACCUUUGACUGUUCAUUUUCUUAGACCAAAAAAAAACUACUGUGUUUGUGUAAGGCAUGAAGCAAUCGGGUUGCACAAUCUUCAUCCAAAUUUCACUCUGUCUCAUUGUCUAUGUGUCUCUGCAUUUGAGUCACCAAUCUUUGUCCUCCAGCAACGACGGUGACAAUGCCGGAGCUCUAGAUCUCCAUUUCAUCUCCUUCUCCGGAGGUUUCAGGCCUCUUCACCGUCAAACUCGUCUUCUCCAAUUGGCCUUGCAAAUCUCACUGUUACAGAUUGUGGAGGUGAUGAUCCAGAGCUUAAACAAGAAAUGGAGAAGCAGUUUGUGGACCUUGAGACGGAGGAGCUUAAGCUGCAAGAAGCAGUUGCUGAUGAGCAUAGCCGUCAUAUGAAUGUUACCCUCGCGGAAGCUAAGAGAGUUGCGUCUCAUUACCAAAAGGAAGCUGAGAAAUGCAACGCCGCCACUGAGAUCUGUGAAUCAGCUAAGGAGAGAGCUGAAGCUUUGUUGAUUAAGGAGAGGAAGAUCACUGCUUUUUGAGAGAAGAGAGCUCGGCAAUCAGGUUGGGAAGGUGAGUAAAAACUGAUUGCCCACUUCUCAUGUCUACCCUCAAGUGUUUGAGUCUGAGAAACCGAUUUUUUUCUGCAACUUAGCUCCAGGAAAAGUCCUUAUCUUCCACGUUUCUACAUAUAUGUAGUCUUUUGUUUUUGACUUUGGAUCUGAAUGUAGUUAAAGAAUGGCUUGGCCUUGUAUUGACUUUCUCUUCAAAUAUAUAAAUGUCCAUUUUUAUCUA